AUGGAUGCACAUUUCGAUGGAACAAUAUUUGGCCAGCUUGAACAGUUGAAAGUAUGUACUUGCGAGACCGAGUGGUUGGAUCUACUUAUGCGUCUACUCAAAGCUGCCCCUAAACUAAGGUUUAUCGUCCUUGAACUGUCUAAGAUCCAUGGCAUUAGAACUGAAGAUCCGCUCAUGUGCUGGAACAAACCGAGUCGUGUUCCUGAAUGUCUAUUGUCUAGUGUUGAAUAUUUGGACUGGAGGCAAUACCAAGGAACAGAAGAAGAGAAGCAAGUGGCAAGAUACAUCUUAGGAAACUCUGGUCGUUUAGGAUUCGCAACUUUCUAUCCCAAAUCGAAAAAUCCUGUGAAGAAUCUGCAGCUGCUCACGGAGUUGUCAAUGUCACCAAAGAGGUCUUCAAUCUGUCAGCUUGUGUUCCGUGGGAAUUACAAUCCUGCCUGA